AUGGAUCCGAGUAGGUGUGCCCCGGCGAGCGCUGUGACAGAUGAGCAGCCGCUUACUCUGCUGUGGGGGACGUGGGAGAUGUGGUGCGACAUGCCGCAGCGACAGCAAGGCCACGGCACAGAAAAUACCAACUGGCUGGAGCAGGUGAAGAGCAUUGGCUUGUUCGACAGUGCUGAGGGCUUCUGGGGAAUUUUCAACUGCACCAUCCUGCCAUCACAGCUCCCACCGAACGGCUCCUAUUACCUUUUUCGAAAACACAUUGCCCCAAUGUGGGAGCACGAGGCAAACCGCAGAGGCGGGAAGUGGGUGAUUCCCUUUACCGGCAAGGCGUCGCGGGGUGAGGGUGAUUUGCAGCCGGUCGAUGUGGCUUGGCAGGCGCUGUGCCUCUCCGCGAUUGGGGAGCUCUUUCCCGACGACGAGGAGGAGAUCUGCGGCGUCACUGUGAGUCGUGGGCGGCAGCGCACCUUUCCCUCUGGCCAUGCGACGUCUGUGCUAGGUGAGUGGAAGCUUUGCCUGUGGACCCGCGGUGCCGACAACAGGGAAUCGCAAAUGCGCAUUGCAGAGUACAUUUGCAAGCAGCUACACUUGCUGCCCUUGUCGAAGGAGGGGAGUAGGGAUGGACAAAGCGGCGAAACUGACAAAUUGGUGAUGAUGCCGCUGUACCCAGACCCUUCCCCAGCCGCCAAGACACGGGAGGCAUCUGGGAUUUCGUCUGGAAUGACCUAUGUAGCGCACCGGGACUUGAUGGAGGCAAAGCAGGAGUUCGUGAAGGGCGGAAGCAGGGUUGUUCAAGCGUUCAGACCCAAGUACACUCUUGCAAUCGAUGUGAGGGGUGAGGUUGUGUGA